AUGGUUAUUUGCAAACAGCCGGGGAUUGGAGGCGCGGUGCCCCCGCAUCGGGAUUCGGAGUUUUUGUAUACGAGUCCGCCGUCGGCUGUGGGGUGGUGGUUUGCGUUGCAGGACGCUGGGCCGGGGAAUGCGACGCUGGGUAUGUUUCCUGGUUCGCAUCGCGGGCGGACCAGUGGGGCUGUGAAGAGGCGGUUUGUGAGGAGGGCGGAUGGUAAGGGGACGGAGUUUGUGGUGAAUGAGGGCGCGAGUUUGCCCAGGGGCAUGGAGGAAGAGGAGGUUGAGGGCGAAGCGCCCAAGGAGGAGGAUGUGCAGGUGUUGGAUAUCAAGGCUGGUUCGUUGGUCUUGAUUCAUGGCAAUGUGCUGCAUCAGAGUGAGAAGAAUACGAGCCAGAGGAGUCGGUUUGCGUAUACGUUUCAUGUUAUUGAAGGUGCGGAGGGUUGGGAGUAUGAUGAGAGGAAUUGGCUGCAGCCGUCGGAGGGAGGGUUUUCCAAGUUGUAUCGGGAUUGA